AGUUAAUUCGCUUAUAUUAAGAUUCGACAGAAAAAAACAAAAGAGAAGACUUUAGCUUGCUCCUCCCACGAUUUGCUUUUUUCCAGACCAAAGCUCCCUUCUCUCUCACCAGAUCUGUUAAGAAAACUAAACCAGCAAACGCCAUGGCUAUGGCGCUUAGGUUGUAUCUUCUCCUCCUCGUAUUCUUAUCAUCUGCGAUUGUAUCUUUCUCCCUUUAUGAAGAUCAAGUCGGCCUCAUGGAUUGGCACCAACGUUACAUUGGGAAAGUGAAGCACGCAGUGUUCCACACUCAGAAGACUGGGAGAAAGCGUGUUAUUGUCUCAACCGAGGAGAAUGUCGUUGCCUCACUUGAUCUCAGACAUGGGGAGAUAUUUUGGCGACAUGUUCUCGGGACAAAGGAUGCCAUCGAUGGAGUUGACAUUGCCUUGGGAAAAUAUGUUAUUACCCUUUCAUCAGAAGGAAGUAUGGUAAGAGCAUGGAACCUUCCUGAUGGUCAGAUGGUGUGGGAAACGUCUCUGCAUAGCGCACAGCAUUCAAAAUCACUCUUAUCGGUGCCGGUCAAUUUGAAGGUUGACAAGGACUACCCUAUUCUUGUUUUCGGUGGUGGGUACCUUCAUGCUGUUUCUCCUAUAGAUGGUGAGGUUCUCUGGAAAAAGGAUUUCACAGCAGAAGGGUUUGAAGUUCAAAGGGUUCUUCAACCUCUUGAGAGCAGUAUAAUUUACGUGCUGGGAUUCCUUCACUCAUCUGAGGCUAUUGUUUACCAGAUUGACUCCAAAAGUGGAGAGGUUGUGGCAGAAAAAAGUAAGGCGUUCCCUGGUGGAUUCUCUGGCGAAGUUGCAUCAGUUUCAAACGAUAAGGUCGUUGUUCUUGACUCAACAAGGUCAAUCUUGGUCACCAUCAGCUUCGUAGAUGAAGAGAUCAGCUUCCAGAAGACUCUUAUCUCAGAUCUCGUUGAGGACUCCGGAGAGGCUGAGAUUUUAUCUCCUCUUCUUAGCAACAUGCUCGCUGUAAAAGUAAACAAACGCACUAUCUUCGUGCGUGUCGGUGACCAAGGAAAGCUGGAGAUGGUAGACUCGUUAUCCGACGAAACAGCAAUGAGCGAUUCGCUUCCAGUUGCAGACGACCAAGUGGCAUUUGCCUCGGUUCAUCACGAAGGGAGCAAGAUUCACCUCACGGUGAAACUCGUGGACGACUUGGAUACUGUGUUGCUUAGAGAGAGCAUUCAGAUGGACCAGCACAGAGGGCGUGUGGAUAAAGUUUUUAUCAACAACUAUAUCAAGACGGACAGGAGUAAUGGGUUCAGGGCGCUUAUCGUGAUGGAAGAUCACUCGCUCUUGUUGCUGCAACAAGGGGCGAUUGUUUGGAGCAGGGAAGAAGGAUUGGCUUCGGUUACUGAUGUUACGACGGCGGAACUCCCUGUGGAGAAGGAUGGUGUUUCAGUGGCGAAAGUGGAACACACUCUCGUUGAUUGGCUUAAGGGGCACAUCCUGAAGCUCAAGGGGUCCUUGCUGCUAGCAAGCCCAGAGGAUGUGGUAGCAAUUCAAGAAAUGAGGAUGAAGAGCUCUGGGAGGAGCAAACUAACCCGUGACCAUAACGGCUUUCGUAAAUUAUUCAUAGCACUUACUCGAGCUGGAAAGCUUUAUGCUCUGCACACUGGAGACGGGAGGAUUGUCUGGUCUACGCUGCUAAAAUCUCCAGCCUGUGCACGCCCUAGCGGUAUUAGCUUGUACCAAUGGCAGGUCCCUCAUCAUCACGCCAUGGACGAGAAUCCCUCAGUUCUUGUAGUUGGCAGAUGCGGAUCAGAUUCAAGUUCCCCCGGUGUGCUUUCAUUCGUAGAUGUGUACACAGGGAAGGAGAUUAGCUCAUCAGAUAUUGGCCACUCCGUUGUUCAAGUUAUGCCUCUUCCGUUUACCGAUUCAACGGAGCAACGUCUGCAUCUGAUAGCUGAUACCGAUGGACAUGUUCACUUGUAUCCGAAAACCUCAGAGGCUCUCAGCAUCUUUCAACGCGAGUUUCAGAAUGUGUAUUGGUACAAUGUGGAGGGUGAUGAUGGUAUUGUCAGAGGACACGGUAUGAAGAGCAGUUGCUCUGGUGAGACAGCAGAUGAGUACUGCUUUACUACAAGGGAGCUUUGGACUGUUGUGUUUCCUUCGGAAUCUGAGAAGAUCAUUUCGACACUAACACGAAAACCAAACGAGGUUGUUCAUACGCAAGCCAAAGUCAGCACAGACCAAGACGUGUUGUAUAAAUACGUAUCGAGAAACUUGCUGUUUGUUGCUACUGUGUCACCAAAAGGAGCUGGUGAGAUUGGUUCGGUUACACCAGAGGAGUCAGCACUUGUAGUAUACCUCAUUGACACCGUCACUGGGCGUAUACUUCACCGUUUGUCACAUCAAGGCUGCCAAGGGCCAGUUCAUGCUGUGUUUAGUGAGAAUUGGGUUGUUUACCACUACUUCAAUCUCCGAGCUCACAAGUACGAGGUUACGGUGGUGGAGAUAUAUGAUCAGUCCCGGGCGGAGAAUAAAAAUGUGUGGAAACUCGUUCUUGGAAAGCACAAUCUAACAGCACCAAUCUCUUCAUACUCAAGACCAGAGAUGUUCACAAAGUCACAGUCAUACUUCUUCCCUCAGUCAGUGAAAACAAUCGCUGUGACAUUAACAGCAAAGGGUAUCACUUCAAAGCAGCUUCUCAUUGGUACCAUCGGUGAUCAGAUAUUGGCACUUGAUAAACGAUUUGUGGAUCCAAGACGGACACUUAACCCCUCACAAGCUGAGAAAGAAGAAGGAAUCAUCCCUCUCACGGAUUCAUUACCCAUAAUUCCUCAGUCAUACAUCACACACUCCCUCAAAGUAGAAGGCUUAAGAGGCAUAGUAACAGCUCCAGCCAAGCUAGAGUCAACAACACACGUCUUUGCCUAUGGAGUGGAUCUCUUCUACACAAGACUUGCUCCUUCAAAGACCUACGACUCGCUGACAGACGAUUUCAGCUACGCACUUCUUUUGAUCACGAUUGUGGCUCUCGUUGCAGCCAUCUACAUCACUUGGGCCCUGUCGGAGAAGAAGGAACUAAGUGAAAAAUGGAGGUGAUUGGAUCCUUCAGAAGUUUUAAACCCUCUCUUUGGCUUUUCACGGUUGGAGAAUGUUCAUGGAAAAAAAAAAUAUUGGCUUAACUAAAUUCUUAAUGUUAGGCUUUGGAAAUUGAGUACUUAACAUAUUCUUGUUUGUGACUUCUGUCACAUUAGUCUUGCGUUGAACCUUUUGAAAUUUUGAAGUUUAUAGAUUCACUCAUAAUUUUGAAAUUGA